AUGGCGUCUAUCAAGGACUUGUUGAAUCCACUGCCUGAGGAUCCGGUUCCCAAGAUCUCCACUCCGAGCACCGAGCCGUCUCAGAGUACCGAGCCAUCUCAGAGCAACGACUCAUCCCCGAGCAAGAAGUGGUUUCCAGUUCCCGAGGCUUCUCGUAGCAGUCAGCCCAAUCUACCGGCGGUAAAACCGGCACGUGAAGGGAAGUUCAAAACUCCCAAGGAUGGUGCUAUUUUCAAGUUCGGCAAGCCCAUAGGUGAAGUCCGCUAUCCUCCUUGUGAGGACCGUGAUGAAGAACUUCUUCAAAUCCACCGGGAGUAUCAACUCUACCCACUAGGAAACAUUGCCGACUACCCUCGUCAUAUUCCCUACAAAAGCCAGAAGAAAGACUUCCAUGAAAAGACGGGGCGUGACUACUUCAAUGUCUUCCAUUACACAUUUCAAAUUCCGGGCGACGAUUACAAGUGGAUGGUGAUGUGGGACUACAACAUUGGAUUAGUACGCCUUACCCACUUGUUCAGAUGCAUUGGAUACACAAAGACUGCUCCUGGAAAAGUCAUGAACUACAUCCCUGGCCUGCGCAACGUCUGCCACAGCAUCACUGGAGGCGCCCUCGCUGCUCAAGGUUACUGGAUGCCCUUCGACAUCGCCAAAUCCGUGGCGGCUACAUUCUGCUGGAACAUUCGUCACGUUCUGACACCACUCUUUGGUACUGACUUCCCAUCAACCUGCGUCCCAUUUGUACACGGCAAAGCGCGCGACUUCCCGCAUGGUAUUACGCUCGACCCCAGAGAUAUCUUCCACGCCGACAUGACUGCGAGAGAGUAUCGCAGUCUCGAGCCGGCAGAGGCGCCGUCUUCCAGCGCAGGCAACCGAGCCUCAACUCCCGCCCGAACUCCCGCUUCAGAGAGCGCGGAUUCUCACGACACAGAGCGAGUUCCAUACCGUCAAAUCCACCCCAAGAUGCCUCGCCGCAGCUACCCAGAUAGUGUAAGCAGCGCUCGCGAUUCAUCUUCGGAGCCCUCGUUCUGUCAUUCGCCCCUUAGCACAGUCCCCCACAGCUUUACACCCGUCAACCCACCUCGUACACUCGAGAACAUCCCCCGCUCUAGUGUUCCUUCUCCGGAAGGGUCGACCAGUCACCACAGCCGGCGCAUAGUCCCCGUGCCUAAUCCCACUGGCAUGAUCGCGGAUGUUGGAUCUAGAAUGGAUAACCUAGCCCAAAAUUGGCGCUCCGGGAACGCAGAUGAUGCAAUCGUCACUACAACUUUGGAUAUGUUGAGCGUUGAUGGGGAGUCAAGCAUGGCCACUUCUCCGGCCAAUAGCGACGACUCCGAUAGUGAUGAUGAGGAUUACCAGGAGUGGGCUUCGAAGCGAGUGUUGCGUCGUGAAAAGGGAAAGGGUGUUGCGAGUCGUUCUCUUAGGGCCAAGCCUCGUGACCGGGCGGCUGACUUGGGAGACGACCGUUUUCUGAAUGAGGUCAAAGCAGCUCAUGCUUUGGUUCGUCUGCAUAUGCAGAAGCUGGGAAGGCCCGACAGUGACGAUGGGGACGUGCCAAUGAAUGAGUCUGUUUGGAGUCCCGGUUUGGAGCAAUCCAAGUCGAACAAUGGGAAGAAACGUCGCAGCUCUGUGUAA